AUGAAAAUUAAUAAUUGCAAGUUGUGUGAAAUUUACGAUAAUCAAAAGCAUUCAGGCGACAAAGGUGCACAGUCACAAUAUUGUCGUCACACAUCAGCAGCAGCUGCCGCUUUUCUUUCGCCGAACCAUAUUCGUGAUUUCUUAGCCUUUCAUCUACUCAGAGUUUCAGAAAUCAAGCGGAGAGAAACGAAGCAAAUCAGAAGUAAAACGAAAGGAAAAGAAUUUCAUGAAGUUGAAUGA